CCUAUAUAAACCCGAGAAACAAACGGUCGAUCGAAAGCAUGAAGUUUGCCAAAGACUAUGGAAACGGAAAUUCAGGGAUGAGAUGGUAGCGCGAGAUCCCUCCAUUUUCGAACUGUACAAGAGGGAAAGAGGAAGAGAAGAUGAUCAGAGGUUUGAAGAAGCUGAGCGCGGGAUUCGGAGCGUCGUUCCUGUGGCUCGUCUGCUUGAUCCACUUCACUCAGGGUUUCAGGUCAUUUGCGUGGACUGCGGUUUCGUACCAGCUCAAAGACAUACUCAAAUUGUCGCCCUCGGCCUCUCAAUUUGUGUUUUCAGUUGCAUUUUUCCCAUGGAGCAUAAAACCUUUAUAUGGAAUUGUGUCAGACUGCAUUCCGAUUGGAGGAAGAAAGCGGGUUCCAUACCUGAUUCUUGCAACAAUACUGUCUCUUGUGCCGUGGCUUAUUUUGGGCCUAAAUGCUUAUUUGAGGAAUUCUACAUGGCACCUCACGAUCUUCUUAACUGUCCAAAAUCUGGGCUUGGCAAUGGCCGAUGUUGUCAUUGAUGCGAUGAUCGCCGAAGCUUUGAGAUUUGAGAAGGCUUCGUUUGCUGGAGAUCUUCAGUCAAUGUCUUGGUCUGCAAUGGCUUUUGGUGGUAUAUGCGGGAGUUUAUUAGGCAGAUAUGCAUUGACCAAUGUGGAGAUAGCAACUAUUUGUCUUCUAUUUACCGUGCUGCCAGCUGUACAAUUACUUUCAUGCGGUUUAGUAAAGGAGAAUCCCCCACGCAAAAAUGAUGAAAAAGAUCCUCCUAAAGACAAACAUCUGAUGAAUGGCAAUAGUAGUUCAAUAGAUGAGGAUAGCUUUACAGUGAAGAAGCAAAGUAAGAGUACUUCGAGAAGAAAGAAGAGCCGCAAGAGUAGAAAAAAGAUGGAUGUUGCCUCUGAUAAGUCCAGACCUUUCCGCGAAGAUGAUCAACUAUUCUUGAAAUGGCUUCGCUCUCUGAAAAAUGCUAUUUACGUUCUAUACCAAGCUUUUCGACAGCCAGUCAUAUGGAGACCUAUGGCUUGGUUUUUUCUAGCUCAUGUCAGCGUUCCAAACCUCUCGACGGUCAUGUUCUACUACCAGACGGAGUUUUUAAAACUGGAAGCAUCGUUUUUGGGGACUUCACGUGUUGUUGGAUGGGUAGGCCUCAUGAUUGGGACCUUCAUAUACAACCGUUUCUUCAAGACCGUGAACUUACGAAAGAUCCUCUUGUUUGCUCAUGUUGGUUUAGCCUUACUGACCACACUGGAUAUGAUUUUAGUAUCUCGAAUGAAUGUUUCGUUUGGAAUAUCAGAUAAGGUUAUGGUUUUGGGUGGAUCUGCUCUUGCCGAUGCAAUUAAUCAACUCAAGUUCAUGCCGUUCUUGAUUCUAUCUGGACAGUUGUGCCCGCCUGGAAUCGAAGGGACUCUAUUUGCACUCUUCAUGUCAAUCGACAAUUUUGGAAACACGCUGGGUUCAUUUGUAGGUGCCGGCUUGGCUUCAUUCUUAAACAUCCAGUCUGGUUCUUUUGACAACCUCCUUCUAGGAAUUGCUAUACAAGUCGUCUGCAUAUUCGUUCCAGUUGCUUUGCUAUUCUUGAUACCGAAAGACGCCACAGGGACAUCAGCUUAGAAGGAGAUUAUACUUUCAACAGAGUUGCAGAGAAGAGUUUAGGAUACAUCAGGAGAAAACAUUUUUCCUUUACCUCUCUCUCCUGUAUAGCAGUUUACAGGUAGAUUUUUUAAUAUACAAGUCCACUGCGGUAGAUAUGUCAUAGAAGUAGAUAUUCUUGUACUUUUUUUUCUAUGGAAUGGAAAAUUUCCUUGGGCUUCCCUUGAA